UCCCCUACCAACAGGAGGCGCCGGGGAACCAUGGUCUCCUCUGGCUCCCUGCCGGCGCUCUCUGGAGCGCACAUUUUGCGUCACUUCCUUCUCAUUGGCCUCGCCCCCCCCUUCUCCGCCCGGCACUAGUUAAUGACGCAUCAACAGCGUGUGGUUGUUUAGUUAAACACUCAGUGCCAAUACCAGACAGCAGCAAGCCUGAGAGAGCAAUGGAGCUAUCGGCCUUGCCCCAUCAUCUUCGUGCACCUCGGAAGGCUCGUUUGCAUUUCAGUACAGGGACUGACCUGAGCGUCUUCGUCACACCUGCUUGAGGUCACAAACAGCCAGUCUCUGAGGGGCGAGGUGAAUCCUGCGUGUUUCAGCGGCACAGGAUUUUGUACCUGCACCAUCUCCUGAAUGACUAGCUCCUGGUCUCUCAGCUGCUGCUCAACAUUUCUCGAGAGACAGAACCUUGUCUGCUUCCUCAGAAACCCACACUAUGGCAGCCUUAUUUACGCUGAUGGUCAUGGCGAAGUGUGGACAGAUUGGAACAGCAUGUCCAAGUUUUUUCAGUAUGGGUGGAGAUGCAGCACUAACGAGAACUCAUAUUCAAAUCGUACUCUGAUAGGCAACUGGAACCAGGAAAGAUACGACCUAAAGAAUAUUGUAAAACCCAAACCCUUGCCCUCCCAGUUUGGAUACUACCUUGAAUCAACGUAUGAUGCAAGUUACAACAGCAAAAAGCCACAGUCAGCCCAUAGAUUUAAGCGAGAGCCUCAUUGGUUCCCCGGACACCAGCCAGAGCUGGAUCCUCCUCACAACAAAUGCACUGAGAAGUCAACUUUUAUGAAUAGCUAUUCAAAGCCUCUACCCACUCAUUACUCUUGGUGUGUAUGUGAUCCAAACAUGGAGCAAUCUAAGGAUCCAAGAAUCUAA